AUGUCGCUCGUCGUCACCGUGGACCUCGUCGUCGUCGCGCAGUACGCGUGCACGCUGCUCCUCGCCUACUACUGCGUCCAGUUCGGCGGCAUCUUCUUCGAGUGGCCCGUGGCCCGCGCCGCGGUCGACCCGGCGCUCGCCGAGGCGCCGAGCGGCGGCAAGACCUUCGACCUCAAGGCCCACGAGAGCGCGGGCGCCUACGGCAAGCUCGACACGAGCGUCGUGAAAUGCUGGGACCCCUGCACGCUCGCGGACCUCGGGUCCGUGCCAGCGACGGCGCCCGCGGACGUCGUCGCCGCCGUCGCGCGGUGUCGCGCCGCGCAGGCGACGUGGGCGAAUUCGACCUUCGCCCAGCGCCGCACCCUCAUGAAGAUCAUGCUCCGCUUCGUCGUCGAGAACCAGGCGACCAUCGCCCGGGUCGCGGUGCGCGACUCGGGCAAGACGCUCACGGACGCGAUCUUCGGCGAGGUGCUCGUGACGUGCGAGAAGCUCAAGUGGCUCGCGCACAGCGGCGAGGCGGCGCUCGCGCCGGAGGUCCGCGAGACGGGCUCCAUGGUCUGGUUCACGAAGAAGGUGCACGUCGAGUACCGGCCCUUGGGCGUCAUCGGCGCGAUCGUGCCCUGGAACUACCCGUUCCACAACGUCUUCAACCCCGUGAGCGCGGCGCUCAUGUCGGGCAACGGCAUCGUCGUCAAGGUCUCGGAGUACGCGUCGUGGUCCGCGGCGGGCUACUUCGGCGCCGCGCUCCGCGCGUGCCUCGCGGCCGCGGGCGCGCCCGAGGACCUCGUGCAGAUCGUCCACGGCUACGGCGCGACGGGCGCGGCGCUCGUCGGCGGCGGCGUCGACAAGGUCAUCUUCGUCGGGUCGCCGGGCGUGGGCAAGAAGGUCAUGGAGCACGCGUCGAAGACGCUCACGCCCGUCGUGCUCGAGCUGGGCGGCAAGGACCCGUUCGUCGUCUGCGACGACGUCGACGACGGCGAUUUGGACCGCAUCGCCCAGAUCGCGCUGCGGGGCGUCUUCCAGUCCAUGGGCCAGAACUGCGCGGGGCCCGAGCGCUUCUUCGUCGGGGCCAAGGCCUACGCGGGCUUCACGAAGCGCAUCAAGGCGGUCGCGGACGAGCUCGUCGUCGGCGCGUCGAACGACGACGCCACGGUGGACUGCGGCGCCGUGACCAUGGGCUCGCUGUCGCGGGACCGGCUCCAGGCCCUCGUCGACGACGCCGUCGCCAAGGGGGCCAAAAUCCUCAGCCAGGGCAAGACGCCGCCCGCGGCGCUCGAGGGCACGUCGUUCUUCCCGCCGACGGUCCUCGUCGACGUGCCCAUGGCCGCGAAGAUCGCCACCGAGGAGAUCUUCGGCCCCAUCAUGUGCGUCUUCGAGGCGACGACGUCCGACGACGACGCCGUCGCCAAGGCCAACUCCUGCGGCUUCGGCCUGAGCUCGUGCGCGUUCGCGAACUCGUCCGCGCGCGCGCGGCGCGUCGCGGCGCGGCUCAAGGCCGGCAUGUCGUCGGUGAACGACCUCGAGGGCACGACCUACCUGUCCCAGUCGCUGCCCUUUGGUGGCGUCGGCGAGUCGGGCUUCGACAAGUUCGCGGGGCCCGAGGGGCUCCGCGGCCUCUGCCUGACGCGGUCCGUCUGCGUCGACCGCCUCGGGCCCAUGCGCACGUCCAUCCCGCCGCCGAUCCAGUACCCGUCCAAGGGCAAGGGCCACGUCUUCGCCAUGGGCCUCGUCGAGCUCUUCUACGGCAACGGCCUCCUCGGCAAGCUCAGGGGCGUCGUCAAGCUCCUCAAGGCCCUCUAG